AUGACACUCUCAAGAUUAUUCAGAAAAUUCCCCAAUUUUGUUCAACUCUCUAAAUCUUCUUACCCAAUUUCUUCAACACCAUCACCAAGUUCAAAUUUUGAUCCCCAUUCCUCAAAACCCACCAAUCAAUUCAUCCAAAACCCAUCCGGCUCUCUCAAAUUCAUCAUUUUUUCUUCAUUUCACACUUCACGUGUUAAUGUUAAUAAACCCAACACCACCAACCCAGAUGCAGAAACAAUCUGCAAAAUCUUAUCCACCGCACCAGAUUCACCCGUCCAUGUCUCCCUCCGCAACUUCCCGGCGGAGGUAUCGCCGGAGCUCGUUGUUGAUGUCUUGAACAAGCUCAGCAAUGCUGGUAUUCUCGCACUUUCGUUCUUCCGUUGGGCUGAGAAACAGAAAGGGUUCAAACACAGUACAGAGAGUUUCCAUGCUUUGAUUGAAGCAUUGGGUAAGAUCAAACAGUUCAAGAUGAUUUGGAAUCUGGUAGAUGAAAUGAAUCAACUAAAGUUGAUAAAUGGUGACACUUUUGCUCUCAUUGCUCGGAGAUACAUUAGAGCGAGGAUCGUUAACGAAGCAUUGAAGACAUUUGAGAGAAUGAAGAGAUAUGGAUUGAAGCCUCAGAUAUCGGAUUUUAAUAAGUUAAUUGAUGUUUUGUGUUGGAGUCAGCAACAGAAUUUGUUGAAGGUUAAUGAGGUUUGUAGAGAGAUGAAGGAUGAGGGUUUUGAGCCUGAUGUUGUUACCUAUGGUAUAAUCAUUAAUGCUUAUUGUAAGGCUAAAAAGUAUGAUGAGGCUAUUGGUUUUUAUCAUGAGAUGCAAUUGAGGAACGUGAGUCCUAGUCCUCAUAUAUAUUGUACUUUGAUUAUAGGUCUUGGUAAUGGUAAUAGAUUAGAUGAAGCUCUUGAGUUCUUUGAGAAAUCUAAGGCUAGUGGGUUUCCACCGGAGGCACCGACUUAUAAUGCUGUUGUUGGGGCUUACUGCUGGGCAAUGCGGACCGAUGAUGCAUAUAGAAUCGUUGGUGAGAUGAAAGAACUUGGGAUCGGUCCGAAUUCUCGAACGUAUGAUAUAAUACUUGUUCAUUUGAUAAAGGGUGGAAGAAUAAAAGAAGCUUACUCGGUUUUCAAGAGAAUGAGUAGUGAGAUGGGAUGUGAGCCGAGUGCAAACACGUAUGCGAUUGUGGUUAGGAUGUUUUGUAAUGAAAAUCAAUUGGAUAUGGCAAUGGUAGUUUGGGAUGAGAUGAAAGACAAGGGAAUCCUUCCUGGAAUUCACAUGUUCUCGACGAUGAUCAUUUCCUUGUGUCGUGAAAAUAAGUUGGAUGAAGCAUGUAAGUACUUUCAUAAAAUGUUGGAUGUUGGAAUUCGACCUACUGCGAAUAUGUUCAGUGCCUUCAAGAGUGCUCUAAUGGAUGCGGGAAUGGAGAAUACUGUGAAACAUUUUGCUCUGAAAGUUGAUAAACUGAGGAAUACUCCAUUAAUUGCUUAA